GCUCAGCAGAACCCGAGCCGUCGUUCAAGACGAUACCACCGUCGAUAUCGCCUUGGAGUCACCCCACCACACGCCCUCCUCGCAGGGUGGAUAUGGCGUUGGUCUAGCCAUAGGUGUGGAUGAAUGGACGGAGGAUGCGUCGCCCCAACCCAGGCUUAGCAAGGCAUCUAUCAGCCUGAAGCGAAGUAACAGUGGACAGGAGAAGGAGAAAUACCGUAAGAAGAGGAGUAGGAAGUAGCGAAGGUUGAAGGAGAUGGAGCACACUCCAGGAGAAGAAGGAACAGGGAGGUCUCCACCUCCCGGCCCUGUAGAAGAGAGAGACUAUUGGGAGGAUGAAGAUAGGAUUAGAAGUCUCCUGACGAUGUGUUUCGACGAUGGAGUUUACCCCACAGAGAUAGAUCCGGGGGAGAUGGUGGUCCAGGGAAGGGAGGUGCGUUUCAAACUAAACACCUCCUUAGACGAGAUUGAAGUCAAGUGGCCCAAAGAGCGCACGGUGAUGGUAAUCUACAAGGAAGCGGCUAGAUUCCUGGCUAAAAACAUCAAAGAUGACCUAGCCCGCGCGUUUGAAGAUGGUUGGAUCGUCGGUAACUCCGAUUUGCAGGAGAACACUCGGAGGGGAAGACUGAAGAUAGAGGGACCAGGAGUAGCCUCCUACGUGGCAAGAGCAAGGGAGGUGGCCGAGUACAUGAAGACAGAGGGACAAGUGGAAAUAACCCUCGGAGCUGACACGUACAAGAUUCUAUUUAAACCCUGGAUGACCAGGGCGGAGUUCAGAGAGUUAAGAAGGCAAGAGGAAGACAAGAUGUUUUGGGUCAUGGCGUUGCAGGUUCCACUAGACGACAUGCCGUUCAUCUAUGCGCAGAUUGAAAGAGUGAUUGGAAAGAUAAUCCUGGCACAUCCGACCGAUGCAGAUCCAUCGAGACCAGCGUUGGUCAACGGGAGGUUUGACCUAGAACUGGAAGCGAGAUCCAAUAUGAAAGAAGUCCUAUGGGUAGAAACAGCGAAAGGAGAUGUGUUGGAGAUUAAGCUAGCAUGUUCCGAGACGCUCAAGUGUAGAAAGUGUAGGCAGUUUUUCCACACGGAACAAGACUGCCGACGCGGAGGAGGAACACGAUUCCGAGGAGGUGGGACAGCGCAGUCGGGAUUCAAUCAGACUCAACAGCAAGCACCGGCAGGUUCAUCCAACGGGGGCAACCAGGGACUAGGCUAUCAGGGUCCGCUGGGACCACGACCGGGUACCCUAGGACAAAACGGAGGAGCGACACAUCCAGGACAAGUGUGUAUCAACCCGACCUUCUCCCCGCAAGGUACGGGAGGGGGACAUCACUUGGGAGGAGGCAUGAAGGGUGGCACAAUGGGAGGAGGAGGAGCCUAUGCGGGCAUGGCGGGAACGUCGGGCAUGGCAGGAAGGAUACACGCUGGACAGCUCUCCGGAGGUCAAAACAAUGGCGGUGGGUUGGGAUACAUGGGUAUGCCGCAGUCAUUAGGGGGCCAAAACGGUCAAGCGGCGAUGUGGCAAGGAGGUGCCGCAGCGGAAUGGAUAUUAGCCAAUGGGUUUCACCCGACGUUCUGGCAAGGGAUGCUCGGGGGACCGGGUAUGAUCCCGACGCAAGGUCAGGAAGGAGGAGGAGCGCAACAAACUUGGGGAAUACCCUCGGGGAUACCGAACCCGCAAGGGAACCAACGGCAGCCGACGGGCAUACGUUUGCCACUUCGCCCUCAGCCGCUUUUCGGAGCAAGACAGGAAGAGGACGUGGGACGAAGCAGGCAGGCAGAUCGAGGAGCGGAAACCUCACUUGGAAGAUCGAAGUCCCGCACACCAGGAAAGCAACGGAGACUCAGCACAACAUCUCAAUUAGAGCUUACGCCUGAGCCCUCCGGGGACUCAAGACUGUCGAGAAGUGGCUCGGAGAAGUCGAUAACUCAGGAGGGAGGAUUGGGGACCCCAGGGCAGAAAACUACGAGAGACCGACGUCUUGCAACGGCGAAAGGCCAAAGCACGGAGCUGGCGCAGUACAUAGUACCACUGGUGUGUACCACCAUUCGGAACAUGCAGUGGGUCAUCACGUGGCAGAAAGGAGCAGAACCUUGGUUGAUCUUUGGCCAUGCAGUUCCUGACAUGCCGAACAUAGUGGAUAUAGAGAAAUACUUAAAGAUUUUGUAUCUCGAUGCCUUCCCGAUGAGAGUCAUCCCAGAUGUCGUGAUGCCAAGGAUUCUCUUCGGCCCCACUGACAACAAGAUCAAAUUCUAUGUACCUCUAAUCGACGCAAGACUAACGGAGGGAAAACUCACUGAGUUGGAGGCGUUGGGCUUGAGACUGGUGCCAUUGGUCGUCUUCGCCGAAGCUAGGAAACAGGAGUUGGUGCGGCUAAUGGUCUCACCACUCAUGAUUACCGCAGACGCGUUGGCAGAGGUCAAAGGCUUCGGGGACACUUCGGGCAGGUGUAAAAGAGCGAGAGUGAAGACCUGGAUCCACGAGAACAAGGUGUCAGUAGCCUGUUUUCAAGAAACUAAGUUAAAUAACGACAAGAUCAGCACCUUGGGGAGAUGGUGGGAUGGCCCACAAAUCUGGGCGGCGGCGAGAGGAACGAAAGGAGGCGUGGGAAUCUUAAUCCACCGUAGCCUGGAUGCAGUCAUUGAGGACUACUACCCGGACCUGUGGGGCCGGUGGGUCUGGGUAGUCCUGUCUCAAGGAGAAUUUAGAUGGGCGGUAGCAUCUGUCUAUGCCCCUGUGGAAAGGAAGGAGAGGUGCUCCUUUUUGGAGGAGUUGAGAGUGUCACUUCCAGACGUGGACGAAGUUGUAAUCGGCGGGGAUUGGAACAUGGUCCUGGACACAGCGUCGAACCAGCGGACUAACGGUUGCCCUAAAGAUGUCCUCGCAAUGGUGGACCUAAUGGCGGACCUCGACCUGCACGACGUCUACCGGGAUCUGAACUUGAUGGAGGAAGGGUACACCUGGUUCUCGCAUCGAGGAAAGGGGAGGAGGUUGGACUACCUGCUCGCGGGUGGGAGGACAAGAGAGAAGGUCAUUAGUAUCGCGGAGGGAAUCAACCCGAUUUCGGACCACAAGCCAGUCAUUGGCAGCUUCAAGUUCAGGCCGGACAACCCGAGGGGCAGAGGAUACUUUAAGCUAAACACCAUUAACUUAAAGGACAUGAAUUUGAAGGAAUGGACACAAGAGUGACAAGACUAUUGGAAGAGAUGGGAGCGACAAAAGGAGAAAUUUGCCACAUUAGCGGACUGGUGGGAGGUAGGAACAAAGAUCCUAUCCAACC